CUGCCCUCCAAGCCCAUCCUCAGCAACGGGAUCCUGCCGCAGAAGAGAUCUGGGGGUUACUCCACCUCCCCGUCGUCCCCCAAGAGAGAGCUGGCCCAUGGUGCCACGAGGAGCAAACCCAAGGAGGCCACCUUCAGCGCUGAGGAUGGCUACGUGAAGAUGUUCCUGCGGGGCCGUCCCAUCCCCAUGUACAUCCCCGAUGCCCUCGUCACCACCUACAGCCUGGACACCAAGCUGGAGUUGCCGCCCAAGAAGCUGAAGCUGGACUGGGUGUAUCCGCCGCUCAUGACACUACCGGGCCGCGACUGCCGGGCCAACCUCUUCCUGCUGCCCACGGGGGAGAUCGUCUAUUUCGUGGCAGCCGUGGCCGUGCUGUACAGCGUGGAGGAGCAGCGCCAGCGCCACUACCUGGGCCACAACGACGACAUCAAGUGCCUGGCCGUGCACCCUGACAUGGUAACCAUAGCAACUGGGCAGGUGGCUGGGACAUCUAAGGAUGGCAAAGCCCUACUGCCCCACGUGCGGGUCUGGGACUCGGUCAGCCUGAACACGCUGCACGUGCUGGGCCUGGGGGCCUUCGACCGAGCCGUGAGCUGCGUGGGAUUCUCAAAGUCCAACGGCAGGGGCCUGCUGUGCGCCGUCGAUGACUCUAACGAGCACGUGCUGUCAGUGUGGGACUGGCAGAAGGAGCAGAAAAUCGCUGACGUCAAGUGCUCAAACGAGUCAGUCCUGGCCGCCACCUUCCACCCCACGGAGCCAACACUGCUCACCUGCGGGAAGUCACACAUCUACUUCUGGAGUCUGGACAAGGGCAGCCUGAGCAAACGGCAGGGCAUCUUUGAGAAACACGAGAAGCCCAAGUACGUGCUGUGUGCCUUCACCGAGAACGGGGACGUGGUCACUGGGGACUCCGGGGGCAACCUCUACAUCUGGGGCAAAGGGGGGAACCGGAUCAGCCAGGCGGUGCCGGGGGCCCAUGAGGGUGGCAUCUUUGUCUGCGUGCUGCACAAUGGCACCAUCGUCUCAGGUGGCGGCAAGGACCGCCGGGUCGUGCUCUGGGGGCGCGACUACCAGAAGCUGCAGGAGAAUGAGGUGAGGGGUGCUCUCCUUUCCCCAGGUCCCGAGAGCUUGGGGCCGGUGCGCACCAUCGCAGAAGGCAAAGAUGACACCCUCUGUGGAACGACCCGCAACUCAGUGCUGCAGGGCUCGCUGGCCACCGGCUUCUCCUCCCUGGUUCAGGGUCACACGGAGGAGCUCUGGGGCCUGGCCACCCACCCCAGCCUAGACCAGUUCCUGACCUGUGGCCAGGACAGGCAGGUUCAUCUGUGGAGCGUGGCCACCCACCGGCCGCUGUGGAGCAAAGCCAUCGAGGACGCAGCCCGCUCAGCUGGCUUCCAUCCCAAUGGCUCUGUGCUGGCAGUGGGGACGGUGACGGGAAGGUGGCUGGUGCUGGACACGGAGACGCGGGACCUGGUCACAAUCCACACGGACGGCAGCGAGCCCAUCUCCGUCGUCAGCUUCUCGCCAGGUGGCAGCUACCUGGCCGUGGGCUCCCACGAUAACUUCGUCUAUGUGUACGGCGUCUCCGAGGGUGGCAGGAAGUACAGCCGCGUCGGCAAGUGCUCGGGUCAUUCCAGUUUCAUCACUCACCUGGACUGGGCAGCCGACAGCAGCUGUUUCGUCACCAACUCUGGGGACUACGAGAUCCUGUACUGGGACCCCACCACCUGCCGGCAGAUCCCCAACACCGGGGCCGUUCGCAACCUGGAGUGGGCCACAGUCACCUGCGUGCUGGGCUUUGGGGUCUUCGGGAUCUGGCCGGAGGGCGCGGACGGGACAGACAUCAACGCUGCGUGCCGCUCCCACGACGGCAAACUCCUGGCCUCCGCCGACGACUUCGGCAAAGUGCACUUGUUCUCCUACCCCUGCUGCCAGCCGCGGGCCCCGAGCCACGCAGCCGGCGGGCACAGCAGCCACGUGACCAAUGUUGCCUUCCUGCCCGACGACAGCCUGCUGCUCUCCACCGGCGGCACCGACACCAGCAUCCUGCAGUGGCGCCUGGUCUAGGGGGCGGGGUGGGGGCCGUGGGGCAGGGGCUGUAUUUUCCAGAGAUCUAUAUAUGUAUUGAGUCUAUAUCCAGAGCUAUAUUGAAAGGCUGGAGGUUGCACAGGCUGGGAUGGGAUGGGGCCUGGGGGGCAGACCCACACCAGGGGGAGGGGGCACUUUGUCAGGGAGGGUGCCUGACUCCCCCCCAAGGGGAAUAGUAGAGGGAUCAAGGGUCACAAGUGCCCCUCCCUGGGGGUGGGGUUGGGAGAGGGACCCAGAAUCUACACCCCAGCCAGGAGUGGGGUUGCCUCUGCCCUUCCCCACCCCCACUAGGCUGCUGAGUAUGGGGGUCACACCCCCCUCCCCAGCCAGCCAUAUUUGCACUGGACACGGGGAUGGUCCUGGCGUCCCUGGUGGGGGGGCCAAGGGCAGGGGCCAAAGCAUGAACCUGUAUUUCCAAAGAGCAGAGGCGGGGCUGCGGGCAUCGAGCUCUUCUGUGCCCGGCCCAGCCAAUAAAGGCAAGUGACUGAACCAGC